AGCAAACGUCGCUGCAGGUCUAACAUUUGCUAUAGUUCUUACAUUCGUCUAACAUCUAGCCUAUCUGAAUUCAUUCAGUUCAAACCCCAAGACUCUACUGAAAAUGGGUCUACUUACAGCCGCCGUAGCUGUCGCAGGAGGAGCCGGAGCAAUUGCUGCAGCUCCUGUAGUUCUAACAGCUGUAGGUUUCACUGGAGCUGGAAUUGCUGCGGGUUCGAUUGCCUCCUCAAUGAUGUCAGCUGCUGCUGUAGCAAACGGAGGAGGAGUUGCGGCUGGAUCAGUGGUAGCAGGUCUUCAAGCAGCUGGUGCUGCUGGAAUCCCUGCCGCAGCUCAGGCUGUUAUUGGUGGCAUAGGGGCUGCGGCUAGCACUCUUGGGUGGUUUGCUCUUAUUUAGAUUGUUCUUCAGUAGCUGCAGGUGAAGCCAUACAGUAAUCAUAAGUAUUGAAUAGUUUUUGUUGUAACAUUUUUUGUAACUAUAAAAUUGAAAAGCCAUAACUACAGCAUCUGAGAAACUGAUUUGAAAAUAAGUUUUGUUAUAAUUUGUCAUUAGGUGCUGCAGCAGGCGAAGCCAGAACUGUGGAAGUCGCUGUGAGAAUAGUUGAUACUGCCUGACAUGCCCUUCACUAUAUGAUAAAUUUCUAUUUAUUUAAUCAAACAUAUAGCAUUUAACUAAUCCACAGCCAUAAAUGUAGACAUGUACUAACUCCUUCAAAAUAUUACAAUAAAUCUAUAUUUCUUCACCUUUUACUUUAAACUUGUACUACAAAUAUUAUUUGCUCUUGUUAUAAGUUGUGUGGUAAAACAAAACAAUAUCUUCUUUUAAGCAAGAUGAGAUUCAAAUCCUAUCUUAAGAUGAGAGUUUUGUUUCUUGUCUUGGUAAAUGUUUUGGAACUGUUAAAAAUAAAUCAAUAAAUAAAUUGAUUACAUUUUUUGGUAAAGUAAA